AUGAAGUUUGAGAACUUGCUGGUGGAAGUGGGAGGUUUUGGCCGACACCAGGUCAUGGUCAUCCUUUUGCUUGUCAUCCCUCGUAUAACUCUUCCCUUCCACUUCCUGCUUAACAACUUCAUAGCCUUUGUGCCGUCCCACCAUUGUGACAUCAGCGUAUUGGAAGCUGAAGGAGGUCUGGAGAACCUGACUCCGGAGCAGAGACUGACUGUGAGCAUUCCAUCACAGGAGGAUGGAGAGCUGUCCUCCUGUCAGAUCUUCCCCGAACCACAGCUCCACCUCUUAAAUGAUUCCUCCAACAUGACCCACCUCCCUGUGGUUCAGUGUCAGGGUGGGUGGGUGUUCGACAACAGCUCCUUCUCCAGCACCCUGGCCACAGAAUGGGACCUGGUGUGCGACCGGAAUGGAAUGACCAAAGCUACAGCAACGAUUUUCUUCAUCGGGGUAAUGGUGGGAGCUGCCCUAUUCGGCAGCCUGAGCGACAGGUACGGCCGUAAGCGCAUGCUGCUGGUGUCCUACCUGUCGGCCAUCUUCUUUUCCGUGGCGAGCGCCUUCUCCCACAACUUCGCCAUGUUCGCUGUCAUGCGCUUCUUCACAGGCCUUGCCAUCACAGGCAUCAGCAUCAUCUCCAUGGUACUCUGUGUGGAGUGGGUGGACAUUGACCAUCGCACCCUGGUGGGAGUGAUGAUCAGCCUGGACUGGUCCACAGGGACCGUGCUGCUCCCGGCCAUCGCUUACCUGAUCAAGGACUGGAGGUACCUCGUGAUCGCAUGUACCUCUCCACUAGCUUUGGCCACCGUCACCUGGUGGUGGUUGCCAGAAUCGGCCCGAUGGCUGAUCGCCAAUGGAAGGUUGGAGGAGGCUCACUACUACCUGACCAGGUGUGCUCGAGCCAAUAACAGAGAGCAGGUCAUGAUGGACAUGAAGCCGCAGGGGCUCUCCACGGUCAUCAUGUCAGAGGACAGGGGGAAACGGAAAUACACCUACUUAGAUUUGGUGAGAACACCCAAACUGAGGAGGUUGGCGAUGCUCACGGGAAUCACCUGGUAUGGAGUGGCCUUCACCUACUACGGCAUCAGCCUCAACAUCACUGGUUUUGGCCUCAACAUCUACCUUACCCAGAUGAUCUAUGGAGCCAUUGAGCUGCCUGCCAAGAUCUUAAUCUACUUCAGCCUGGACAAACUCGGCCGCCGGUUCAGCCAGGGGGGCACCCUGCUCGCCACGGGAACCUGCCUGGCGGUUAACCUCUUCGUUCCAUUCCACAUGACGCUGGUCCGGACAGUGGUGGCCAUUCUGGGGAAGGGCUUUUCCGAGGCGUCUUUCACCUGCGUCUUCCUCUACACCACGGAGCUCUACCCGACGGUUCUCCGGCAGAACGGCCUGGGGUAUAGCUCAUUUGUGGCCCGUGCUGGGGUGUCUUUGGCCCCACUGGUGAUGCUCCUGGAGGGAGUGUGGGGGCCCAUGCCACAGGUGAUGUUCUGCUGCGUGGCGGUGACAGCGGGCCUCCUUGCCCUGCUGCUCCCCGAGACCCAGAACGUGCGGCUGCCCGAGACCAUCGAGGAUGUGGAGCAGACCAGGAAGAGGUCCAUCUCCACCUCCGAGCACUGGAAGGAGUCUGAGAGUGUCCCCAUAAACUGA